UUCUAUCCGAAUGCUCAUAUUCGCUUGACGCCCAACAUGGGCGCUCUAUUUGGGAAGGACACCGGGCCCAACUCGGCUGGCAAUCUUGCAAGUAGCGCACAUCCCUGGUUUUCAUAUGCAUCUGCUGGAAGGGGCGGUCUCCCCGGCGGAGCAUUGGUGCCAGCUGCAGUUGCAGCUGUCCUGGGUUCGAAGGUCUCAGCACAACAGCAGUUGGACACCCUGGACGGUGCUACUGCCGGACUUCCUGAGGGCUCUUGUGGAAACAUGACUCAAGGCUACCUCAAAAACAUCCAGGGAGACAAGAACAGACAUUGCUACUGGGGCAAUCCAGAUUUGACACCUGGUGAUUUCCCAGAUCCUCCGCCCCAAAAUACGCGACAAGCAGCUGGUGGCUAUGGCUAUGGCUAUGGCUAUGGAGGUAGUGGCAGUGGCUAUGGCGGAGGCUAUAGCAGCGGUGCGGCCGCACCUGCUGGCUAUGCCGGAGCUGUUGGAGUGGCUCGAGCAGCCUACGGGGCUGCGGGACAAGGACCCCCGUUCCCAUCGACAGUGACAGGGACAAAAGGUGCGGAAAAAGGAUGGCAUGGGGAGCCAGGCCAACGGUGGAAAGCCGGCUCUCCGCCGCAGAAGCGCUCUGUAGAAAACGUUUUACCAGAGGCACCAGUUACUGGGCCUCCUGAGCACAUCGAGAAAAUAGAUCCAUAUCCACCGGUACCAAGUCCCAAGGAAGAAGCAAAUAGUGCAGCAGCUAAAUUCCUUUUUGGAACAACUGGAAUGGCAAUUGGCGCAGCCGGCUACUUGAUCUGAACCGGAAAAUAAUUCACAUCGGCACUCUGCCAUACAGUCAAAAUGAUGAAAAAAGUAAUCAAACAA